AUGGUUAUCAGCGACAUCAUCAUAGCCAUUGAUCAUUACUCAUCUCUGAUAUCAAAAUGCAUCUCUACAAAAAACCUAAAGCUAGGUAUUGUUCUUCACUCUCACCUCAUCAAAACUGCACUCACCUCCAAUCCCUUCAUCGCCAAUGCCCUCAUCGCCGUGUACUCCAAAUGCAAUGCCAUUGACGCUGCUCAAAAAGCAUUUGAUGAUCUUCUCGUCAAGAACACUCAUUCCUGGAACAUUCUCAUUUCAGGUUUCUUUGAAGAAGGCUUAUUUCAAAAAGCACACAACAUGUUUGAUAAAAUUCCUAAGCGAAGCAUUGUUAGUUAUAAUUCCAUGAUUUCUGCUCUUUCUCGUUGUGGGUUUAACGAGAAAUCAAUAGGGGUUUUCAGAAGAAUGCAAAAAGAGUACAACCACUUGUUUGUAGAUAAUUUCACGCUUGUAAGUAUUGUGGGUGCUUGUGCUUCCUUGGGUGCAUUAGAGUUGCUGCGUCAAGUUCAUGGCGGAGUGAUUGUUAUUGGCUUGGAAUUGAAUUUAAUAGCUUACAACGCUUUAAUUGAUGCUUAUGGGAAAUGUGGUGAAUCCGAUUCGGCAUAUGCUGCUUUCAAUCAAAUGAGUGAGAAGGAUGUUGUUUCGUGGACUUCAAUGGUUGUCGCUUUUGCUCGAGCAUCCAGGUUGGAUGCUGCCUGUGAGGUGUUUAAUCAGAUGCCUGUUAAGAAUACUGUAUCUUGGACUGCUCUAAUUGCUGGUUUUGUGCAAAACAAUUGUGGUGAGGAAAGCAUGGAUCUUUUUAAGCAGAUGCUGGAAAAGGGGAUUCGGCCUAAUGCUUUUACUUUCGUUAAUGUUCUAAGUGCUUGUGCCGAUUUAGCACUAAUAGAAAGAGGUAAACAGAUACAUGGGCACAUGAUUAGAAGUAGUGUGAUAACUAAUUGUUUUAACACGUUUACGGUUAAUGCUUUGAUUGACAUGUACAGCAAGUGCGGAGACAUGAAGGUGGCAAGAAUGUUAUUUGAGGGGAUGAAUGAAAAGGAUAUUGUUUCAUGGAACACGUUCAUAACAGGAUUAGCACAAAAUGGGCAUGUAGAGGAGUCCCUCAUUGUAUUUAGAAAGAUAUUGGAAGCAAAUAUGAAGCCAAAUCAUGUUACAUUUCUUGCAGUGUUAUCUGCUUGUAGCCAUACGGGUCUGCUUUCUGAGGGAUUCCAAAUCUUAGACAUGAUGAAAAAGAGUUAUGGAUUAAAUCCGAGUUCAGAUCACUAUGCAAUUGUGGUAGAUUUGUUAGGGAGGAAGAAUAGGCUUGAAGAAGCAAUGGAGUUGAUAGAGAGGGCACCUAAGGGAUCGGAUCAUGUUGGGAUGUGGGGUGCACUUCUUGCUGCUUGUAGGAUUUACGGUAACUUGAAUGUUGCUAGAAGAGCAGCAGAAGCUCUGUUUCAGCUAGAGCCUGACAAGGCUGCUAGAUAUGUUAUGUUAUCAAAUAUCUAUGCAUCAACAAGAAGGUGGGAUGACUACCGAAAAGUGAGGAGGCUCAUGGAGGAAAGGGAUUUGAGGAAGGAAAUAGCUUAUAGUUGGAUUGAGGUAAGGAAUUCAAGGCAUGAAUUUGUAGCUAAAGACAAGAGCCAUCAUCAAGUAGAAGAUAUAUAUGAAGUUAUUAGUAAGUUACUCGAUGGCAUGAAAGAAGCGGGGAAUUCUGAUUUUUCUCAUGAAGAUGACAUAUCAUCUUGA